ACACACUUUAACAAGAGGACUCGACACUGAACCCACACUGAAGAUGCUGUGCGCUCAUGGAUUCCAGUCCGCCCUCAGUCCAGUCAUGGACUUGUACUGGCCUGUACACAGUCAGAGGUCAGAGGUCAGACCUCUGCUCUACCAGCAGGAUCUACUGCAGAGAAACCUACAGGAGCUCCACAGCACUCUGGAGCUGAUGGACAAACUUCAACACAAGAUCCUGGAGGAGAUGAAACCUUUCCAAAGCAGCGUGGCCGUGCAGCCGCUCUCCUACCAGCUGGAGAAAGAGGGAGAGCACUUUGGCCUGACCCUGGACACUCGAGGCUUUUCCCCAGAGGAGCUGUCUGUCAGGCAGGUGGGCAGGAAGCUGAGAGUCAGCGGGAAGACAGAGAAGAAGCAGGAGGAUGAGAAAGGCUCCUACUCUUACAGACGUCAGGAGUUCAGACAGGAGUUUGAUCUGCCCGAAGGAUCAAACACUGAAGCUGUCACCUGCUACCUGGCUCCAGACGGGAGGCUCCACAUCCAGGCAGCCAAAGCUCCAUGUGUGGAGGAGGCUGAGAGAGAGCUGACUAUCAAGAGGAGCCUGGAGGAGGAAACACAGCAGAGUGUGUGUUCACACACCGAAGACAACAGCACAGACACACACAGCAGCACACAGGAAAAACCUGAAAACAUGGACUCAUCUACAUAAUGCUGCACCAAUAUAAAGUAAAUGUGAUUUAUAUAUACAGAAUUCAAGUGUUUAAUGAUAACCAGAUGUGCUGUUCUGUUUUUAUAACUGAUUAUAAUGAAGAAACAGAAAUCAAAUAAACAAAUUGAAAUCUU